AUGGUCACUUUCAAUUGCGAGGUUUGCAACGACACGGUGCCCAAGAAGAACACGGAGAAGCACUACUACAGGUGCCCGCAGGCGUAUUUCACCUGCAUAGACUGCUCCAAAACGUUCGAGGACGGCGUCAGCUACAAGAAGCACACCGUGUGUAUCUCGGAGGACGAAAAGUACCAAAAGGCGCUGUACAAGGGAGGGAAGAAGAACAAAUCGAAACAGGACGCUCCACAGAAGGCAGCGACGAAGCAACCUGCUGCACCAGUGGAGAAACUCACUCCAGCAAAGAUCGAGAAACCAAAGAAACAGCUGAAGAACAACCAUUUAAAGGACGGAGAAUCCCUGUACCAGUGUUUGAAGUCCUUCAAAGAUAAAGACGAGAAGAAGAAAUUCUUGAAGUCGUUGGUUCUUCGUCAAUCCACCGAUGGAUCUCACUUCACUCUGGAAAUGAAUUGA